AUGGAAUUGAGCAAUGUUUGCAUCACCACAAGCCGCGUGAAACCUGUCGUUGUGGUCGUCGUGGAUAUAAGGAAUUGCUCUCCUGGUCGUCCUCCUUCUGUAAAGCAGAUUCCGGCUGUCUCGCUGCACACUCGGAAUAUUUUGGCCUUUGCAGCAGAAAAUCCGAACUUAUAUGGCGAUGUACCGUUUUUCCCUCCCCAGCCACGUUUCCCUUUCUACAAAUUGAUCACGACCCAACUUGUAACAGUUACCAUCUAUCUUGUUAUGACGACAACGACUCUCAAGACAAAGCGAGUUCCUUUGGAACAAAUCGCUCUCACAUUUGGUGACACUGUUGAGCAUCAAGUCUCGUCAAAUUCGACAAUUGAGAAGGCUUCUGACGAAGAAAACUUAAGCGAGGAAAGGGAACCAUUUUAA